UGACUACCUCAUCAGUCUUCAUCAGCCUAUGAAUCACCUGAUGUCAGUGUUGACAUUGAUCUUUUCUUUUGUCUCUGCAACUCUCUCUCUCUCAAAAAAAAGAGUGCAUAUUCUCCGGUGUUUUCCAGGGGGAAGAAGUUCUUAAUUCUACAGCUGAGCUAAACAGCGGGUAGACCUUGACAGCAACUGAAGCCAGGAACCAGAAACUCCAGUUCCCAGUCUGAAUAUGUUGGUAUUGUUUGCCAGGUGCAGAAAGCAUAAAGCUUCCUCCUGCAGCAACGCUUAAUAGUGUCAGAGAGAUCGAGGUGAGCACAAGCUCCCAACAGGUGCUCCACAGCUCUGUGUCAUGCUCUGCUUUUCAGAGGUGCAGCGUCACAAUGCUUAAGAGUCAGAAGAGCAUAGGGCCAAGUGCGAUUUUCUAUAAACCAGAUGGAAAUAUGAUGGAAAUAAGAGCUGGAUACCUGUUCAAGUCUCCUCCCUCAAAACGGCUGAAGACAGAGAAAUCAUGGAAGAAGCGGUAUUUUGUGCUGUUCAAAAACAGCAAGCAAGGACAUCAACUGAAGUACUUCAAGAGUGCAGAGGAAACAGAGAGGCAGCUCGGAUUUAUAGACUUAUCCACGAUCUCAUUGCUGUUCGUGAGCCCUCAACAUCACCAGAAAUGGGGAUGGAUCCAGAAGAAUAUGAAGUGCUCGCCCUCCUGCGUGCUCUACAUCAGGGCUGCUGACCGGGACUACUUCCUCGUCGGGGAAAACAGCGACGAAGUGGAUGGCUGGUUCUCCGACCUGUUUGACGCCCUGAAGAACCGGCCACAUAAAUGUAUGAGUUCAGAGGAAAUGUAUAUUGGGCAGCCAACAAUCGAGGUUAUAUCAGAACCCCUUACGCAGAAAAAGAAUUCCUCCCCUGUGCCAGAAAAGCAUGCAUUGAAAAUACGGUCCAUGUCUGACCCGUCCUCAAACGCUUUGGACAAAGACACCAAAGAAACGAAGGAUGAAGAUUAUUCCAAAAGACGUGCAUCAGAGCCAAUCCAGAAUCCAAUCUAUGACUACCCGAAUCCCAAAUUAAGACACAGUAGUGCUGAAACUCACAAUUUUCAAGACUGCCAGGUUGGGAAAAAUGGUUCAACCAGUCAAAGCAUGGACGCAAUAUAUGAAACGAUGAUGGAAAUCAAGCGGAAUGAUCAACUGGCUCAGGCAGAGGACCGCGAAGUUGAGGAGGCAACCGGCAGCACCCUGAUGAGAUCUGUCACUCAGGUCUUUGACAAGCUGAAGACACAGAUUUCCCCUCUCCCUACCUUCAGCGAGGAGGCAGCCUCUGAAGACAGAGUGGACGCACGUCCGGCUUCCGACUUCAGCAGCAGCUCCAGCGACAACGGUGCCGUCUCUCCUGUAGAGAUACUGGAGAGACUGAAUGUGCACACGCCAGAAAAACAAAGCUCUACUGAAAGCCUCGACACCAUCAACCCAGAGGAGCGAGAUAUUGAGGUCAAGCUGGCAGAUUUGAAAAAACACCUGACAAUAACAGAAGUGCGUGGGAAGCCAAGUGUGUCUGGGUGGACGGGCCAGCCGCAGUCAGUGUGCCUGUUCCACAAAGGAGACCAGAUUCUGGCAUUUAACGACCUGCACACCGGCAGCGUGGAGGAGUUCAACAUGUAUCUCAGCAAGUCUCUCAGAAAUGAGGUAAAAGUGACCAUCCUGCGUCUGCACGGCUGCCAGCCUCUGCAUUCGCCACACUGCCUCUGCAGCGACUGACUGCACGCCGGCCAUCGGAGACAAGACGGUUACUCCCGCCGCAUGCGUGUGUGUGGCCAAACGUCUCUUUGGGGCACUUCCUGUCUGUGUGUAGACCAUGUAUUCACCACUUCUGAUGACUGACAGUAUUUUCCCCGGGCUGUGGGCAGUCCCCAUUGAUCUGUCACUCUACCACUUUAAGAAUAUUUAAUCUCACACACACAAUGACUCACGAUAGGUAAAAAGAUCAAAUUUGUUUUAGCUCCCGAGCGCUCUUUGUGUAAACAAUGACUUCAGUUUUAACAGAGUAUGAUUAAUGAUAUACUAAAAUCAACGUGUAUAGACAGACUGUCGUCCACAGAAGGAAACGAGGAAACUGUUUUACUGGAACAUUUUUCCUCAUGCCACCUGUAUAGUGAGUAAAUUAAAUUGUGCAAAGCAAAAAUGGUGCAAUGCGCACAAGGUAUAUAACUGUAAAUAGACUUACUAUUAAACAACUAGAUGCACUUCAUUGUUCUAACAAUCAGAAUGUUUUCAGAGCUUAAAUGCACACAUAUUGAAGUAGAAAUAAGAUAAUUCUGGUGUUUUUUUCCUUGCGACUGAAUCGCUAAUGUGACUUUUUAAUGAUCAACUUUAAUCCAAGAGGACAGGAAGCAACAGAGUUCAUGAGCGGCUGAAAGAACAUGAUGCUAGGCUUAAUACAUUGUCUUAGUUACCAACAUGCUUUAGAACAUAACACAAAAAAGCAGACACUUUCAACUUUCAACUUUCCUUUUCUUGUUUUUCCUCGAGAAAGCUAUGACGAUAAUGAGAAGCCGAUGAAUGAGAAAAUAUUCAGGAAGAGAGCAACAUUUCGUGCCGUCUGCGCCUCGGGGAGAGUCUGGUGAAUUAACAUGCCGACAGAAUGGUGUUGCGCCUCAGGUUGCAAUCUCACCCAUUUGUCUCCGAUUUGAAGCAUAAACGGUGACUUCACUGCCGAAAUGUAGUUUUAAUAGAACUUGGGAUGAUGGUUUUACUCCUUUUUAAAUUAUUUCCAGCAACCAAUGCCGCUCCUGAAACCAAGACAAUAUCAAAUGGAAAUUAUCUGCCUCUAAGGCCUGUUCGCUUCAAGUGCUACAAACCGUUCAGAGUUUUAUAUAUUUAAACUGCUUUGGUUUAAAUUAUGUCCACAGAGGGCAAGGAAAAAACUGGCUCUUCAUAUCAGACAUUAGUCCUUUUCUCAUCACAUCGAAUCAGCCGUUCCAAGGUUAAAGGUUUAAUAGAGCUAUUAAACAGACGCGAGUGCUGACACAAGAAAUUAUUCAGGACGUUUUGUUUUUCUGAGGCCGCUCUUCAACUGUGAUGCUCAAGCUGUGCUGUAUUAUAAAUAAGCCCUGUUAUAAAUAAAUGCAUCCUUUGAGAGGGUGCAGCGAUCGAGGCCUGUACUGGGACACAAUCUGUUUUAUUUGUAAAAUGAUUCUGAAUAAAUAUUACCAGCUUGUUAAAACAUUUGUAUUUCUUUUCUCUUCUCUUCAGCUGAGGAAUGUAAAACAGACUGCACAGAGAACAGGCUGCAGAGGUUAUGCAGCAAAAAUAUGCAAUAAUGCAUUGAAACUAAGCUACAUAACUCUAUUAUUUCCACUUCUUUUACUUCCAAAAGCCUUAAAAUUAGCUUCUUAUCUGAACCACACUUGAGCUUCAUGUUGGCAUUUUGCGGGUCCUCUUAAAUGAGACACCCGAAGACAUUCUUAUAGUGCAGCAUUUUUAACCUGUUUCAGAAAACCAUUUCUAGCCAUUUGUUUUCCAAAGAUCAUUAGUUUGUGAGAGCAUUUACUGAAGCCUCGUGUGAGAGCCAAAGGGUAUGUAAUUCUAAAAAGCUGGCAAGGAUUCAUUAAUCGUGCUCAACUAGGCAAACGCUUGCAGGCACAUAAACCUGAACUUCCAGUUUCCACCUACAGGCCAGACCGUGUGGAGUGAUCAGUAUCGUCCUCUCUGAAGAACAUACACAACUUGAGGAUUUUCACAGUUGAACAACCUUUUUGUUAUUCAUAUUACAAACUUUUCGGUAUGUGUGGACAUAAUAAUCUUUCAAAAUCAGGCAAUAAUAAGACGUACAUACUGAGUGUAAAAGAAAGACUUUUCAGCAAGCGCCCCAGUUAAUCCAAUUUCAGACUGAGUACAUACAAUUCAUGCCCAAGGGAAGAAUAUGAUACAGUAUUAUUAUUAGAAACGGCUGACUGGAAAUGGCUUGCUCUGGGCGCAAAUAGUAAUACAGUGGUUAUUUCAGCCUGCACCUAGUAAAGUGGGUGAAGAGCAUGACACAUGCAUGAUUUUAAAUAGAAAGAGGCAAGAGGUGUAAUAACGGAUGAGCCUUUUUGAUCACUGACACUGCUAUGCUAAUGUACUUAGGUACAUCAAAUCUUUUCAAUGUUUAGAAUCUAGAUUUUUUGAUUUUCCUCAGUCUGGCCCGUCAGAUGGGUUAAGUUGAAGUUGUCCUACAUGAAAGGGGAAAUCACGCAGUGAAAAGCCGGUUUUACAGAGACCGAGAUUCAGAAAGCUUUAUCUCUGUACUGCAUGACUCUGCCGCCUCAGAGAUAAACUACUGAAAGAUCUGGCAGCACACAGGUUAGUGUUUUCAAAGACACUGCACCACAGUGGCCUUCCUCCUUAACUCUGUAUUUGCCUGAAGAGAAUGGCCGACAUGUCGUUUGUUGUGCAGUAGCAGAGAAAAUCCAGAUAUUGUGCUAGAAGUUGGCAAAUUUUGAGAAAAUAAAGCUCAUCUUGAUUUUCAUGUUUGAUUGACAUGACAAUUAAAAAGGCAAAUGUUGCAAAAAUGUGUUAAAAGAACAUUUAAAACAUUUAUUGUUUUCAGCACAAACAUUUAGAUUACAUAGAUAAAAACAGAGAUAACCGAGGAAUUGCACAAUAUCAAAGCAGCAUUUUCAGUGUACUGCUGACGCUAACAGUGGAAGGGGCCACGGCAGGCAGCAGACACAUCCAGUUAAUUCAGUUCCCACGUAUGAUGCUUCUGGAUGGCACAGGUCGAAAUGUAGACAUGAUACAAGUGUGACCUCAGCUCAUGUUUACACAAACAGCUUCCAGAGUUAAGGUUCAUUAAAAUCACUGCACUGUGACUUCUACAUCUCAGUUCAUGUGCUGAUCAUGUGACUUCUUCAUGUGAAUUUCUUGUUACUUCCUGUCACUUCACAACUGAUGAUCCGAAUAACCCUUUUUAACAGUUUACAACCUGGAUAUCUGUCGAUUUUCUUUCAGAGCUGUCGGUUACUCAAGUUCAGCCCAUUGUGGAUAAAAGCAGAAUGUUUAAGAAAUUUGCGUAUGCUCGUUAAUUGUGGAUGCAUUUCACGUUCACCUACUUCAUCAAUACCCCUCUCUCUGCACUGAAAUGCUAAAUGCUCACCAGUCUGAGGCAAGCAACUUCAGUUAAAGUGAUCAAAUGAGUAGUGUUAAGAAUGUAUUUGUUCCCCAUGGCCAUAUGAAGCAGUGGAAAUUCAAUGGUUUUGCUUUUAUGACCAAAACCAACAAGCAGCAGAGAGGCCAGCUGCAAACACAGCUUACUGGUAAAUAAGUCACUGUUUAGCUUUACUUUCUGUGAGCCACUCACUAAAGCACUUGUCCAUAGCUUUCCUGCUCGCCCAGCUGCCAUUGUUGACCGUGGGGAUGAUCUUCAUGGGCCGGAGCCACUGCACAAAACGCUUCAUCUCCAGAAAGCUGCUGUGUUCGCUGUAUGGGAUUCCUGUCAAGAAAGCACAGGGACUGUCAUCAUCAUGGACCCAGACGUAGGAUCUUUGAUGGUCUUUGCUUU